GAAAUGCAGCCGAGGAGCCGGGGCGGGCGAGAGCGGCGGCGGCGGCGGCAGCGGGGGCAGCGGCAGCCCCGGCGCCGCGGCAAAGACUCUGAGGACUGAGACGCGGCGGCGGCGGCGCGGGGAGCGCGGGGCGCCCCGGCCGGAGCCCCGGGCCCGCCAUGGGCCUCCCCGAGCGGGGCGCGCUCCGGCCGCUGGCGCUGCUGCUGCUGCUGUUGCUGCUGCGGCUUCAGCAUCUCGCGGCGGCAGCGGCUGAUCCGCUGCUCGGCGGCCAAGGACCGGCCAAGGAGUGCGAAAAGGAUCAAUUCCAGUGCCGGAACGAGCGCUGCAUCCCCUCUGUGUGGAGAUGCGACGAGGACGAUGACUGCUCAGACCACAGCGACGAGGACGACUGCCCCAAGAAGACCUGUGCGGACAGUGACUUCACCUGUGACAACGGCCACUGCAUCCGCGAGCGGUGGAAGUGUGAUGGCGAGGAGGAGUGUCCUGACGGCUCCGAUGAGUCCGAGGCCACUUGCACCAAGCAGGUGUGUCCUGCAGAGAAGCUGAGCUGUGGACCCACCAGCCACAAGUGUGUACCUGCCUCAUGGCGCUGCGACGGGGAGAAGGACUGCGAGGGUGGAGCGGAUGAGGCCGGCUGUGCUACCUUGUGCGCCCCGCACGAGUUCCAGUGCGGCAACCGCUCGUGCCUGGCCGCCGUGUUCGUGUGCGACGGCGACGACGACUGCGGUGACGGCAGCGAUGAGCGCGGCUGUGCAGACCCGGCCUGCGGGCCCCGCGAGUUCCGCUGCGGCCGCGAUGGCGGCGGCGCCUGCAUCCCGGAGCGCUGGGUCUGCGACCGCCAGUUUGACUGCGAGGACCGCUCGGACGAGGCAGCCGAGCUCUGCGGCCGCCCGGGCCCCGGGGCCACGUCCGCGCCCGCCGCCUGCGCCACCGCCGUCCAGUUCGCCUGCCGCAGCGGCGAGUGCGUGCACCUAGGCUGGCGCUGCGACGGCGACCGCGACUGCAAAGACAAAUCCGACGAGGCCGACUGCCCACUGGGCACCUGCCAUGGGAACGAGUUCCAGUGUGGGGAUGGGACAUGUGUCCUUGCAAUCAAGCGCUGCAACCAGGAGCAGGACUGUCCGGAUGGGAGUGAUGAAGCUGGCUGCCUACAGGGGCUAAACGAGUGUCUGCACAACAAUGGCGGCUGCUCACACAUCUGCACUGACCUCAAGAUUGGCUUUGAAUGCACGUGCCCAGCAGGCUUCCAGCUCCUGGACCAGAAGACCUGUGGCGACAUUGAUGAAUGCAAGGACCCAGAUGCCUGCAGCCAGAUCUGUGUCAAUUACAAGGGCUAUUUUAAGUGCGAGUGCUACCCUGGCUAUGAGAUGGACCUGCUGACCAAGAACUGCAAGGCUGCUGCUGGCAAGAGCCCAUCCCUAAUCUUCACCAACCGGCAUGAGGUGCGGAGGAUCGACCUGGUGAAGCGGAACUAUUCACGCCUCAUCCCCAUGCUCAAGAAUGUCGUGGCACUAGAUGUGGAAGUUGCCACCAAUCGCAUCUACUGGUGUGACCUCUCCUACCGUAAGAUCUAUAGUGCCUACAUGGACAAGGCCAGUGACCCGAAAGAGCAGGAGGUCCUCAUUGACGAGCAGCUGCACUCUCCAGAGGGCCUGGCGGUGGACUGGGUCCACAAGCACAUCUACUGGACCGACUCGGGCAAUAAGACCAUCUCAGUGGCCACAGUUGAUGGUGGCCGCCGAUGCACUCUCUUCAGCCGUAACCUCAGUGAACCCCGGGCCAUCGCUGUUGACCCCCUUCGAGGGUUCAUGUAUUGGUCUGACUGGGGGAACCAGGCCAAGAUUGAGAAAUCUGGGCUCAACGGUGUGGACCGGCAAACACUCGUGUCAGACAAUAUUGAAUGGCCCAACGGAAUCACCCUGGAUCUGCUGAGCCAACGCUUGUACUGGGUAGACUCCAAGCUACACCAACUGUCCAGCAUUGACUUCAGUGGAGGCAACAGAAAGAUGCUCAUCUCCUCCACUGACUUCCUGAGCCACCCUUUUGGGAUAGCUGUGUUUGAGGACAAGGUGUUCUGGACAGACCUGGAGAACGAGGCCAUUUUCAGUGCAAAUCGGCUCAAUGGCCUAGAAAUCUCCAUCCUGGCUGAGAACCUCAAUAACCCACAUGACAUUGUCAUCUUCCAUGAGCUGAAGCAGCCAAGAGCUGCAGAUGCCUGUAAGCUGAGUGUCCAGCCUAACGGAGGCUGUGAGUACCUGUGCCUUCCUGCUCCUCGGAUCUCCAGCCACUCUCCCAACUACACGUGUGCCUGUCCUGACACAAUGUGGCUGGGUCCAGACAUGAAGAGGUGCUACCGAGCACCUCAAUCUACCUCAACUACGACGUUAGCCUCUACCACGACGAGGACAGGACCUGCCACCACAAGAGCCCCUGGGACCACCGUCCACAGAUCCACCGACCAGAACCACAGCACAGAGACACCAAACCUGGCAGCUGCAGUCCCAAGCUCAGUUAGUGUCCCCAGGGCUCCCAGCGUCAGCCUGUCUACCCUAAGUCCUGCAACCAGCAACCACUCCCAGCACUAUGGGAAUGAAGACAGUAAGAUGGGCUCAACAGUCACUGCCGCUGUUAUCGGGAUCAUCGUGCCCAUAGUGGUGAUAGCCCUGCUGUGCAUGAGUGGAUACCUGAUCUGGAGAAACUGGAAGCGGAAGAACACCAAAAGCAUGAAUUUUGACAACCCAGUCUACAGGAAAACAACAGAAGAAGAAGAUGAAGAUGAGCUCCAUAUAGGGAGGACUGCUCAGAUUGGCCAUGUCUAUCCUGCAGCAAUCAGCAGCUUUGAUCGCCCACUGUGGGCAGAGCCCUGUCUUGGGGAGACCAGAGAACUGGAAGACCCAGCCCCUGCCCUCAAGGAGCUUUUUGUCUUGCCGGGGGAACCAAGGUCACAGCUGCACCAACUCCCGAAGAACCCUCUUUCCGAGCUGCCUGUCGUCAAGUCCAAGCGAGUGGCAUUAAGCCUUGAAGAUGAUGGACUACCCUGAGGAUGGGAUCACCCACUUCGUGCCUCAUGGAAUUCAGUCCCACCCACUACACUCUGGAUGGUGUAUGACUGGAUGAAUGGGUUUCUACAUAUGGGUCUGUGUGAGUGUAUGUGUGUGUGUGAUUUUUUUUUUUAAAUUUAUGUUGCGGAAAGGUAACCACAAAGUUAUGAUGAACUGCAAACAUCCAAAGGAUGUGAGAGUUUUUCUAUGUAUAAUGUUUUAUACACUUUUUAACUGGUUGCACUACCCAUGAGGAAUUCGUGGAAUGGCUACUGCUGACUAACAUGAUGCACAUAACCAAAUGGGGGCCAAUGGCACAGUACCUUACUCAUCAUUUAAAAAAUAUAUUUACAGAAGAUGUUUGGUUGCUGGGGGGACUUUUUUAGGUUUUGGGGUUUUUUUUUUUUUGUAAAUAAGAUGAUUAUGCUUUGUGGCUAUCCAUCAACAUAAGUAAAAAAAAAAAAAAAAAAAAAAUUCAACUCCCUCCCCCAUUUAGAUUAUUUAUUAACAUAUUUUAAAAAUCAGAUGAGUUCUAUAAAUAAUUUAGAGAAGCGAGAGUAUUUAUUUUUGGCAUGUUUGGCCCACCACGCAGACUCUGUGUGUGUAUAUGUGUGUGUUUAUAUGUGUAUGUGUGUGACAGAAAAAUCUGUAGAGAAGAGGCACAUCUAUGGCUACUGUUCAAAUACAUAAAGAUAAAUUUAUUUUAACACAGUCCACAAGGGGUAUAUCUUGUAGUUUUCAGAAAAGCCUUUGGAAAUUUGGCUCAGAAAAUAGAUACCAUGGUUUGUGCAAUUACGUAGUAAAAAAGGCAAUCUUUUCACCUCUGGCCAUUCCUGCGACCCCAGGAAGUCAGGAAAAGCCUUUCAGCUCACACAUGGCUGCUGUGACUCCUACUGGGGCUUUCUUGGUUUUGGCAAAGGUCAGUGUACAGACAUUGCAUGGUACCAGAGUGCUCAGAAACUCAAGAUAGAAUUUGCCUCACCCUCAGCUACUCCUUGUUUUAAAAUUCGGCUCUUUGAGUAACUUCUUCAAUUUCUUUCAGGACACUUGGGUUGAAUUCAGUAAGUUUCCUCUGAAGCACCCUUAAGGGUGCCAUCCUUACAGAGCUAAGUGGAGACAUUUCCAGAACAGCCCAAGUUUACUAUAGAGACUGGCCCAGGCACUGAACAUCUGGGACAUGCUGUGGUUGAGAAUAAAGAUGGUGGAAUAGGUUUUAUUACAUCUCUUAUUUCUCUUUUCCCCUUACUCUCUACCAUUUCCUUUAUGUGGGGAAACAUUUUAAAGUAAUAAAUAGGUUACUUACCAUCAUAUGUUCAUAUAGAUGAAACUAAUUUUUGGCUUAAGUCAGAACAACUGGCCAAAACUGAAGUCACAUUUGAGGGGGGAAAUGGCAUACACAAUAUUAUAGUAUAUUGGAUAUUUAUGUUCACACAGGAAUUUGGUUUACUGCUUUGUAAAUAAAAGAAAAAACUCUGGGUAUAUGUAGAGAUGUUCUUCAUUAUAGACACCUUCUUUGCUUUUCCUGGCCUUGCGGGAGGAAGGGAGAAGUGCUCUUUUCUAUUUGUGGGGUCUCCCAUUGGAAACAUAAUCCUAUAGUCCCAGAAGGAUUCAGUCCCCACUGGCUUUCCCAUCCAAAGAGAAAGAGUUUGAGUUUCUUAACUCUGUUGUUCUGCCACUUACUCCCAGUAGACAACCAGGGACAAGGUGCAACAUGGAAGUGUUUGACUUAAGUAGGAGCAGAGGAGAUGCAUCUAAUCUCAUCAUACCUGGAACUUGACACACUUAAGCAAAUGCCUUCCCAUCCCUACCUGCCAGAUGCCCCCAACUCAAUGAAGGUUGGAUGUCUCACCAGCUUGAUACCCUUUGAAUUUUCAGUCAGAAAUUCUGGAGUUCUAGCAUCCUGUACCUAGGACCUUCCUCUGCAUCACUCUUGGCCUCCUAAACUCUAAGAAAAUAACUAUAUUCUGGAGCUUGGGCACUGUGUUUUGCAUAAUCCAGCAAUCUCCUCAUGACAUGCAUGUGUUGACAGUCCUGAAACAUUCAUUGAGAGGGUAAAUGCAGUUGACCUAGAAUGACCAAUACCAAACAGAAUUUUAAGAACACGUGGCCAACUCCUAUGGAGCUUACUCACAUUACUAUUCUUUUAAGAACGGAGAGUAAAAUUAUUUUUGACUGAAGAAAAAUGAUGACAGUGAAAAACAUGGAAAUUUACUCAAAACAAGUGACUUUUUCUGUAACCUUCUUCCAAAGAAACUGAAUUUUCCAAGGAAUUAAAUGAUAACAGUGGAUAAGGCAUAGUUUCUAAACUUUCGGUCAGAUCCUGGCAUUCACAGAAAAAAAUAAUGAAUGGGGUCUGGACAUACAGCCUGAGAUCUCAAAAUGAUGAUGAAAUUCACAACUUUCUCAGAGACAUCCAUGUUUCUUGCAUAUGCUAUAACUGAAGUUUGAAAGAGGCAGCUAUGGGAGCAACCCUUUACAAGAAACAAAUUGUGAAAUACUCAUUUGUUGGACAGCAGUAAAUAGAUGAAACCUGAGGAGUCAGAUCCACCUUUCCCCAUUCGCAGAGGCUUUUCAGCCUCAUUUUGAGGUGUAGUUACAUAUCUUUUGCCUUUUGCCCCCUGUGCAUAGGUAUCUACAGCCAAUCACAGAUCACAGAGUCACUGGACUAUAGAGCUGGAAGGAAGCUCAGAGAUAAUGCCAAGAGGGCAGAAAAUAUAUCAGAAGCCAGUCCCAGUGCUUUUCCUCCAUUUCCAUCUGCAGGAAGACUAUUUUGGGCUGCCUGAACAUUGUAUCAGACCUGCUACCUAUACUAUGGUCUACCUCUCCUCCAGUGGAAUUACAAAGGCACUAGCUGAAAUGCCUUCUAGAAACAGAGAAAACGAAAACUGUACUUAUCUACUCUUGAUAGCACGGAUUAUUUACAAAACAGAUUGAAGUAACCCAUUAACUGGCAAAAAGAGAAUGAGAUCGGAUUUAAAUGUAUGGCAGUAAGUCCUAUUGAUCCCUCCAGUUAUCUCAGUAUGACUGCGGUAUAUUCAUUCACUAAAACCACUCAUUAGAUACCAACUACACACCUGGCACUGCAGAUGUAAAGGUCAGUCACACAUGUUCUGACUUUACAGAGUUCACAGUAGCAGUGGAGGAAGAUAUAUGUGGAAACAAAAAAGGCAUCGAUUCUAUUCAGAGCACUGUUAGGGCACAAUGGGGAGAGGGGUCUUUCUACCUAAGAAGAUGAGGAAUAGGGUCAUCAUAGAAGUGACUUUAAGUCUUAAAAUUAAGAAGGGGAUUCCAAGCUGCUUCAGGCAGAGACACACUGAGCUAAAACACAGAGGUAUGAAACAGCAUGGGGACUUUAGGAACUGCACAGUUCAUUCUAACAGGAACAAAAGGCUCAAGGGGUCAAGAAAUGAGGCUGUAUGGAAAGAGGUUCAAUGUAAGCACUUUAUAAAAUAGUUAGAUUAAUUUCUGAUUCAAUGAAGCAUUUCUUGAUCAUUGUGUACAAGGCACUAAAUUCAUCAUGGAAAAUUCAUUAGGAUGCAUUACCAGCACUUUGCAGACCUGAUAUUAUUCAGCCUCAAGCUUUCCAGUGGCCAAAGGAAAAUGCUGACUGCUUUUCACAUAUUUGAGUCAAAGAUGUUUUUAUAUGGUCAACGAAGACUAAUAUAAGGGCAGUGGGAUUUUCACAGAAGCAUGCCAUGUUGUUGAGAGCCUCUUAGAUUUUCUCAACUGUGAGAGAGAAAACUGAAAAUUUUGAAGACAUUGAGUCUGGAGAGGGGAUACCAAUCACUGUCCAGUCAGGCGUUGGUGGGAAUGGGGAAAUGGCACAGGAAUGCAAGCCUCUCCACCCUACCCCUGAAACUCCAGCCAUACACUCAUCAUUUCACAAAAUAUAAAUGAGUUAGCAUUAAACAUUUCAGAGUAAAUAAUUCCUUUUCCCGAAAUGCAUGAAGAUAGAGUAACAGUCUUCUCACACUGUAUUUUUAGGGUAUGGAAAAUUUAGAAGGUUAAAGAAUUACUGCUUCAAUUUUUCAGUUAAAAAAAAUCAGGAAGCUCUGUUCAUUCAGGCUAUGCACCAUGUGCACAGUCAAGAAUUAGCAGAAACCCUCUGCAUUUACAAACACUUUGUGCUAUAAAAAGUAAUUUUUAAAAAGCCACUUGUGUGUGUGUGUAUAUAUAUAUAUAUAUAUAUAUUUAAAGCCAAGGUUUUGAUACUUUUUUACAAAAACUACAAGAGAAAACAGAUACCUGUCCAAACCAUAUACUUUUAAAAUAGCAUUUUUUUUUCCAUACAAGCUGUUGUUAAUUUGGGGGUAAAGUGCUGGUUUGCAAACUUCAUCAAAUUGUUCCCAAGUGGAUUUUCCUUGUUUGUCUUCCCCCACCAACCCUCAAGUUACCAUAUUCGAUGUAAGAAUCAGGCAUGUUAGAAUGUUGUGUCACACUAACUGGUUCUGCUCUUUUUGUCUUGUCAUUCAAGUUCCAUUAGCUUCUGUAUGCGGUGCCCUUUGCAGUCUGGUGUCUCUUCCAGAGGCAAGGGGGCUGAAGAUGGUGUGCUGCAUCUCACUAGCUGUACUAACAUCAUCUUGGUAAACUGAAAACCAAAUGUGGACAUUUGUAAAAUCAGUGCACUGUUUCUAGAGAGAGAUUAAAUUCAUUU